CAGACGUGAAUGAAUAUGAAUCGUGUCUGACGUUGGCUGUUCAUUGACCAAUCGGGAGACAGGAGCUUACAAGGGACAGGGUGUAUUUCACACUGACACAGCACCGAGCUUCAGCAACUACAUUUUCGUGAACUGUGUCGUCAUCGUCGACAGCAACAAGAUGUCUAUCGACGUAGUUGACCUAGAGGAGAUAGUUACCUCCUUCUUCUUUGAAGAGUGGAUGGAAGCCAAGAAGAUGAAGGAAGCUGACCGCGAGAGCGUUGAAAUCAAGUGGGACCGUGUUCGGUUCACCCACUCCCCGGCCGUGUACGUCAAGGAUGAGGUGGUGGAGGAGGCCGGGGAGGAACCCGACCCCGAGGUGAAGACUGAGAAGGGAGGGACUCCCAAUGCUCAUGUGAUAUUUACUGCGUUCUUUGCGAAUAAUACUGAGGCUGAACAAGUUCAUACCUUGACGACAGAACGUCGGACAAAGUCGACGUGUACGGUGUCGUUGUCUAAAGCUUACACAAUGGGAGCAUCUGUGAACAUUCGAAUAACGCCUCCUAACCCUAUUGUUGAAGCUAACGCCGGCUUUAAAGCCGAGAUGUCCAAGAUGAAAGGGUUGAAUGACACCGUGGAAAAGGAGUUGACGUGGUCAGUGAACAGUCAGAUAAAGAUACCCAAGAAGUCCCGGACACGGGUGGACCUGGUCAUAAAGGAGGAGGAGUAUGAUGGACGCUUCACCAUGGACACCAAGAUAGAGGGAAACGUGGUCAUCACGGCUUGGACCAAGAACAGAGACAAGCACGUCAGUUCAGCCUCCAUCAAAGUUGCCACCAUCUUCGCUAAGAACAAAUAUUUUAAAGUUGAUAAACCCAAGAAUGCCGCGACUUUCACCACAGAGGGAAACUGUAAAUGUCGCUUCGGGAUUGAGCAGAAUAUGGAGCAGACAGAACUCCCCCUCUUGAAGUGAAUCAACCUGACCACCAAGUGCUGUGUUUAUACAAUGGGUGUCAUGGCAUCCCCUGUAUCUGCUAUGAGAAGCAGGACUGUGAUUCAAGCCGACAUUCCGCCGUAGUGGUCAGUGCAGCAGACAUCCAUGUACAUAAUUCGCUUAAGUUAGUAUGUUAUUAUAUACGUGUAUCUGUAUAUGGGCGCCAUCAUGGGUCUUGUGAUGAUAGAAUCAUGUACUGUGUGAAGGAAAUCUUCCUGUAGGCGCCAGUGUACUUGGAACUGCAGUUGAGUGAACAGUGUCGGGGUUGUACACAUGGAAUGUAUCCCAGGAUAAUCUUGUAUAUUGUAGCUGACUGUUGCCACCAUCAUUACCAACACCACGGAUGUUUUUAGCUUUUGUCACCAAUAAUGUAACAUCAGUUCCUGACGGAGCUGUGACGCGGGCUACUGUAGCAAUGCACGUUAUCGACUCACGCGUGCCUGUAGUCAACGCUGAUAGAAUAUCACCCGCCAUGUUCAGGAUGUAGCGGUAUAGUUUAAUGAUUGCUGACUUUCAGCUCAUGAUACAGUUUCGCACGAUCUACGAAUUAUGACCCGAUAUUUAUGAUUAUAUAGGAUAUUUUGUGACCAAUAUAAAAAUGCUCUAUGUAAAAAUCUAUAGAAGCGCCGUAAAUGAAUAUAAGGUUUGCAACGGGAGGUAACUCUGAUUUCUAAGCUGAUUAGGGUUAGUCUCAAAAGUAAACAAAUCUGUUUUCGGUUCGGGAGGACACUGACGAAAGCUUUCACGAACGUUAUCUGUGAUAUGAGCAAAUACCUUUGUGUUCAUUCUCUGGUUGUCAGUUUGGAAUAACUUUCUGUUACUUUUGUUGGUCAAUAUGUCAUCUUGCUUUUUUACAAAUCAAUAAGAGUCGUGAUAUUGGUGAAAUAAUAUCAAGGAGACAUUAAACCGAACUCAACCACUACAACCACAGACUCCACACUGCUGUUCAGUCAAUAGUAAUUGUUGUUAUUUUUUGCCAAAGACAUUUUUUCUACUCAAGUGUUAUAAUCUGCUAAUAGAGAAAGUGAAUAAAUUAUCUAUACUCUUA